AUGGAUCCCGAUAUACCUACGCCCUCGAUUGAGCACGAUGCCCUCCAAGGUGCCACCAACACCCGCGCCUUCACCACAACAACCCCAGGUCUCGUGUCACCCUCGAUCCGAGUGAAUCAUCAAGACCAAGACCACAACCACACCCAUGCGCACCCUGCCUUGCUGGGUGCGGCCGCGCAAAUCCCCCUCCCUCCCUCUUCACCCAUGCGCAGUCCCUACCACACCCCUGCGACCUCCAAGACCAAGUCUCUCUCGCCGAAGCCGCCCUCGCGCUCUCCAUCUGUCGCGAGUUCGUAUCGAGGCGAGAGACAAGAGAGACAGUCCACGCCGACACUGGCCACCAGGAGAUCAACCUCCAGCCUGAGCAACACAAGGGGCAGCACGCCUCAAUACCGUCGUACGUCCUCCAAUCUCAACCCUCUGUAUCCUGCGGCAAAUGGCAAGAUGUCCCUUCCAGAACGCCCGCCCGUCACGGCCAGUUCGGUCGCGAACGAGUUCUUUGGAAAAGAGCUAGAAGCCCAUAUCUCUCUACAAUCCCCUGUUGUGGUCAUCGUCCACGAUUCAUGCUAUGGCCAUCGCUUUUCCCGCCCGCGCACCUCCAAGAAUGCCCUGGCCACAAUUGUCGAGCGGCCGGAAAGAAUCCACGCCACGUUGCUGGGCGCAUCUGCUGCCUAUGUGCGCCUGGGAGGGCGACACGCCGAUGGCGAAUAUGCGCCUUGCCCAAAGCACCACCCAUCUCGCGUGUGCAACAUCCCCUUCCAGAUCCGCAAAACUACUCGAAGCAUCUCCCUCACCCACCCUUCGGUCACUUUCGUCCACGGUCCAAAGUGGAUGGAAGAGUUGCAAGUCAUGUGCGACACCGCCGAAGGGAAAUUGACCCUUAACGGAAAAGAGCUGGUGAGACCGAUCGGGUAUGGGAAGGACGAGAAUGGAACUCCCCUCCCCAAGUUGCAUGAAGGCGACUUGUACUUGUGUGCAGAAUCGCUGGCCGCUUUCCAGGGUUGCCUCGGGGGGGUCUGUGAUGCAGUGGACACCAUCUUCUCUUCACCACAAACUAGGCGAGCCUUUGUCUGUAUUCGACCCCCGGGCCAUCACUGCUCGUCCAAUUACCCAUCGGGUUUCUGCUGGCUGAACAAUGUUCACGUGGGAAUUGCCUAUGCCGCUAUGAAUCACGGCCUGACGCAUGCCGCUAUCAUCGAUUUUGACCUACAUCACGGAGACGGUUCCCAGAAUAUUGCUUGGGACCACAACCGAAAGGCACAAGGUGCGGCUAAGAAUGCUGCAGCACACAAGAAGACACCUAUUGCCUAUUACAGCCUCCAUGACAUCAACUCCUAUCCCUGUGAGUGGGGCGACGAAGAAAAGGUGCGAAAUGCCAGCUUGUGUAUUGAAAACGCUCACGGUCAGUCAAUUUGGAAUGUCCACCUGGAGCCUUGGAAGAGCCACGAAGAGUUCUGGAAAUUGUACGAGUCCAAGUAUAUUAUACUGCUUGACAAGGCGAGGACAUUCUUGCGACACCACACGGCAAGAUUACGCGCUUCCGGAAACCAGUCACCCAAGGCCGCCAUCUUCAUCUCCGCGGGUUUUGAUGCCAGCGAAUGGGAAGGUGCAGGCAUGCAGAGACACAGUGUCAAUGUCCCAACAGAAUUCUACGCACGUUUCACGGCUGACAUUGUUCGACUGGCGCACGAAGAUGAUCUCGGUGUGGAUGGGCGAAUUGUCAGCGUUCUGGAGGGUGGAUACAGUGAUCGCGCUCUGACUUCAGGUGUGCUAAGCCAUAUCUGUGGCAUGGCUGGUGAUAACCCUAGCUCAAACGGACAACAUUCGUCGGAGACCCAGGACAACAGAUUUCAAACGAUCAACAACUGGGUACAAGAUAUACCUUCCUCUGCGGCUCGGCAUCAUUUUACCUAUGCGGCGGAUUGGUGGGCACUUCAAAACCUAGAAGAGCUCGAAGCUGUCGUCGCGGGUCGACAACCUCCAGCUUCAAGGGCGAAAGAUAAGACCGGAAACUACUCGUCACCUACACAAGCGUCUACCCUCAAGAUGACCGACCAUGCUCGCGAGAAGCGGUCAUUCUCAGCGUUGCACGCCAGACUCUCUCUAGAAGCUGGAUAUGAGCCUCCGCCGCCUGACGUCGACUGGGCCAUAGCUUCGUACGAGCUCUCUCGUGUCAUUAUCCCCAGCGAUCGCCAGACUUUGAGUUGUACCCAUGAGGACCUCAACGCAGAAGCCACCAAAGGUCGACGAGAGCGGCAAUCAACUGUCGGCUUACCCCCUGGUCCAGACGAACGAAUGCAACUGCGUGAUCGAAAGGCGAAAGGGCCAUCUGCUAGCCUCGCUGCUGUACGAGCAGUAUCGCGGAACGGCAAUCGGCGGACAACCAUUGCAGCGGUUAGCGACUUGCCUGAUCCGACCUUGCAGAAUCCAGACUUGCCCGACGGGACAAUGCGCCGAAGAUCCAGUGAUGCAUCGAGCAUCUUAUCAAGUUUUCAAGGCAUGAAGUUGACAGAUCAGAGCGCCGUCGACACUGAAUUUUUACCAAAGCCGCCAAAUGGACAAGUAUCUUCGAGGGCACCAUCGACUGCUCCGGGAAAGCCUGCAAAAGCUGUUGCGGUUAAGAAGACCCGAGCACCACCCACCACUAAGGCACCGGCAAAACUAAAGACUAGCCCCCGGAGGCUGAAAACUAUUCAUUCAGCCGCUACUGGCUUGUCCGAGCCCAAAGCUUCUCCUACCCUUGCUCAGGGAAAUACAGUCAAGAGAGAAGCACCUUCAUCUUCCCAAGAGGGCCACAAAGAAGUGCCGAAUACCGAUGAAAUAGACAAUCUAACAAAUGGGAUGAAAAAGAUUACGAUCAAACUGAAAAUGCCCACCGCAGAAGAGCAUGCCGCUAAACAGAACCAAAAGCUGGUUGAUGAUAAACAGAAGAAGCCUCGCGCACCAAGGAAACCGCUAGUACCGAAGAAUUUAAAGCCAACCAAAACAGCACCUGCCACCAAUCCCGAGUAUUCGGCCAAUAUGCAACCGAAGGUCGUGGAAGACGGCCCUCAGGAGCACUCUGAAACCUCGGCCGCAAGCAUAGCCGGAAUGAGAAUCCCCAGUGCUGUUACCCACACUGUCGAAGCUGCUAUUCCUAGCCCUAGCGUGGAAUCUCCACCUGCCGACAAAGGCAUGGACUUGCCUCUAACAUACAUGGCACCUCUGGAAGUCAACGGACAACAACAACCACAGGAAUCAACAAAACCUGCGGCGAUUGUGACUGUCCAUGUAUCCGACGCGCAAGCUCCAACAUCUGAUCUUGCCUUCGUUCUAUCUCAACAGCCAUCUUCUUGGCCUCUACAAACAACCACCAAAUCUGCUUCAUCGGGAGGGUCUUUGUCAUCUGGAACGGACAACCCGGCCCAGAGAACAAAGCAGGACCUACCCGUAUUUAGUUCAAGCUCACCUAUUCCGUUUGCUGCCUCCACCGACAAAGAACCAUACUCGCAGGCACUGAGCCAUGAACAAGCUACGAACCAGCAAGCUUGA